AUGCAAUUAAAGUCGCUUCUUCCUUCUAUCCUCUUGAUCAGUCAUGGAUCAUUGGCAGCCGCUGAUUCAUUCUAUGCCUACACCUGUUAUAAUUGUGGCUGCAACGCCUUCCAGGGGUUGGGAUCUAACGUCGAGGAAGGAUGCACCAAUCUCAACAGUGGCGCCGCUUCUUUCGGUGUGAGUGCUGGCUCACGAAGCGACACCUACUGUACGCUGUUCUCUGGCCGUGACUGCAGUGGUUCGUCGCAGAAUGUCGGCCAUCACAAGGGCGAAACUUGGGGUUGUACCAACUCGAACAUUGGAUGGGCCAACUCGGUGCUUUGCUUCAAAUAA